GCGAUCCCGGCGGAGGGGGCCGUUCGCCAGCUCCCAGGCAGAAAGUGCCACGACUCCACACGCGCGCACGCAGCCAGCGAGCGGCCGGAGCGGACGGCAGACGGGGCGGGCGGCGUCAGGGUCGCGGCGUCUACAGCUGCUCGGGGGCGGUUUCUUGGCGGAGGCUUGGCCGGCUCCUCUCUCCCGGCUCCGCGGCGGCGGCGAAGGCGGCGGCUCCUGCCCUCUCUCUUUCCCUCUCGCGUCUCUGGCUGCCAGGUGAAAGGAAAGCAAGCCAGGAUGGAUAUUUACGACACUCAAACCUUGGGGGUUGUGGUCUUUGGAGGAUUCAUGGUUGUUUCUGCCAUUGGCAUCUUCCUGGUGUCGACUUUCUCCAUGAAGGAAACGUCAUAUGAAGAAGCCCUAGCCAACCAGCGCAAGGAGAUGGCGAAAACUCACCACCAGAAAGUAGAGAAGAAAAAGAAGGAGAAAACAGUGGAGAAGAAAGGAAAGACCAAGAAAAAGGAAGAGAAACCUAAUGGGAAGAUACCUGAUCACGAUCCGGCCCCCAAUGUGACUGUCCUCCUCCGAGAACCAGUGCGGGCUCCUGCUGUGGCUGUGGCUCCAACCCCAGUCCAGCCCCCCAUUAUCGUUGCUCCUGUUGCCACAGUUCCAGCCGUGCCCCAGGAGAAGCUGGCCUCCUCCCCCAAGGACAAAAAGAAGAAGGAGAAAAAAGUGGCAAAAGUGGAACCAGCUGUCAGCUCUGUAGUGAAUUCCAUCCAGGUUCUCACUUCCAAGGCUGCCAUCUUGGAAACUGCUCCCAAGGAGGUGCCGAUGGUGGUGGUGCCCCCAGUGGGUGCCAAGGGCAACACACCAGCCACUGGCACUGCUCAGGGCAAAAAGGCGGAGGGGACUCAGAAUCAAAGCAAAAAGGCUGAAGGAGCCCCAAACCAGGGCAGAAAGGCAGAGGGAACCCCAAACCAAGGCAAAAAGGCAGAGGGAACCCCAAACCAAGGCAAAAAGGCAGAGGGAACCCCAAACCAAGGCAAAAAGGCGGAGGGGGCCCAGAACCAGGGUAAAAAGGUAGAUACAACCCCAAACCAGGGGAAAAAGGUGGAGGGGGCCCCAACCCAGGGCAGAAAGGCCGAGGGGGCUCAGAACCAGGCCAAAAAGGUAGAAGGGGCCCAGAACCAGGGCAAAAAGGCAGAGGGGGCCCAGAAUCAGGGCAAAAAGGGAGAGGGGGCCCAGAACCAGGGCAAGAAGGCUGAGGGGGCCCAGAAUCAGGGCAAAAAGGCAGAGGGGGCCCAGAACCAGGGCAAGAAGGCCGAGGGGGCCCAGAAUCAGGGCAAAAAGGCCGAGGGGGCCCAGAACCAGGGCAAAAAAGCAGAGGGGUCCCAGAACCAGGGCAAAAAAGCAGAGGGGUCCCAGAACCAGGGCAAGAAGGCCGAGGGUGCCCAGAACCAGGGCAAAAAGGCUGAGGGGGCUCAGAACCAGGGCAGGAAGGCCGAGGGGGCUCAGAACCAGGGCAAGAAGGCCGAGGGGGCUCAGAACCAGGGCAAGAAGGCCGAGGGGGCUCAGAACCAGGGCAAGAAGGCCGAGGGGGCCCAGAACCAGGGCAAGAAGGCCGAGGGGGCCCAGAACCAGGGCAAGAAGGCCGAGGGGGCUCAGAACCAGGGCAAGAAGGCCGAAGGUGCUCAGAACCAGGGCAAAAAAGUAGAAGGGGCCCAGAACCAGGGCAAAAAGGCUGAGGGGGCCCAAAACCAGGGCAAAAAGGCUGAGGGGGCUCAGAACCAGGGCAAAAAGGCUGAGGGAGCCCAGAACCAGGGCAAAAAGGCUGAGGGAGCCCAGAACCAGGGCAAAAAGGCUGAGGGAGCCCAGAACCAGGGCAAAAAGGCUGAGGGAGCCCAGAACCAGGGCAAAAAGGCUGAGGGAGCCCAGAACCAGGGCAAAAAGGCUGAGGGAGCCCAGAACCAGGGCCAAAAAGGAGAGGGAGCCCAGAAUCAGGGUAAAAAGACAGAAGGGGCCCAGGGCAAAAAGGCAGAAGGGAGUCUCAACCAAGGCAAAAAAGGAGAGGGAGCUCCCAACCAGGGCAAAAAAGCAGAUUCGGUUGCUAAUCAGGGCACAAAGGUAGAGGGUGUUACACACCAGGGGAAAAAAGCAGAAAGGUCACCCAGUCAAGGCAAAAAGGCAGAAGGGUCCCCCAACCAGGGCAAAAAGGCAGACGCAGCUGCCAAUCAGGGUAAAAAGACAGAGUCAGCUUCUGUCCAGGGCAGAAGUACAGAUGUGGCCCAGAGCCCAGAGGCACCAAAGCAAGAGGCUCCUGCCAAGAAGAAGUCUGGUUCAAAGAAAAAAGGUGAGCCUGGGCCCCCAGAUGCCGACGGCCCUCUCUACCUCCCCUACAAGACACUGGUCUCCACGGUUGGGAGCAUGGUAUUCAACGAGGGCGAGGCCCAGCGGCUCAUCGAGAUCCUGUCUGAAAAGGCUGGCAUCAUUCAGGACACCUGGCACAAGGCCACUCAGAAGGGUGACCCUGUGGCGAUUCUGAAGCGCCAGCUGGAAGAGAAGGAAAAACUGCUGGCCACAGAACAGGAAGAUGCGGCUGUUGCCAAGAGCAAACUGAGGGAGCUUAACAAGGAGAUGGCAGCGGAAAAGGCCAAAGCAGCAGCCGGGGAGGCCAAAGUGAAAAAGCAGCUGGUGGCCCGCGAGCAGGAGAUCACGGCUGUGCAGGCGCGCAUGCAGGCCAGCUACCGGGAGCACGUGAAGGAGGUGCAGCAGCUGCAGGGCAAGAUCCGGACUCUUCAGGAGCAGCUGGAGAAUGGCCCCAACACGCAGCUGGCCCGCCUGCAGCAGGAGAACUCCAUCCUGCGGGAUGCCUUGAACCAGGCCACGAGCCAGGUGGAGAGCAAGCAGAACGCAGAGCUGGCCAAGCUCCGGCAGGAACUCAGCAAGGUCAGCAAAGAGCUGGUGGAGAAGUCAGAGGCUGCGCGGCAAGAUGAGCAGCAGCGGAAAGCUCUGGAAGCCAAGGCAGCUGCCUUCGAGAAGCAGGUCCUGCAGCUGCAGGCGUCCCACAGGGAGAGUGAGGAGGCCCUGCAAAAGCGCCUGGACGAGGUCAGCCGGGAGCUGUGCCGCGCGCAGAGCAGCCACGCCAGCCUCCGGGCGGAUGCCGAGAAGGCCCAGGAGCAACAGCAGCAGAUGGCCGAGCUGCACAGCAAAUUACAGUCCUCCGAGGCGGAGGUGCGCAGCAAAUGCGAGGAGCUGAGUGGUCUCCGCGGGCAGCUCCAGGAGGCCAAGGCGGAGAACUCCCAGCUCACAGAGAGAAUCCGUUCCAUCGAGGCCCUGCUGGAGGCGGGCCAGGCGCGGGACGCCCAGGACGCCCAGGCCAGCCAGGCAGAGGCUGACCAGCAGCAGACUCGCCUCAAAGAGCUGGAGUCCCAGGUGUCGGGUCUGGAGAAGGAGGCCACCGAGCUCAGGGAGGCCGUCGAGCAGCAGAAAGUGAAGAACAAUGACCUCCGGGAGAAGAACUGGAAGGCCAUGGAGGCACUGGCCACGGCCGAGCAGGCCUGCAAGGAGAAGCUGCACUCCCUGACCCAGGCCAAGGAGGAAUCAGAGAAGCAGCUCAGUCUGAUGGAGGCGCAGACCAUGGAGGCCCUGCUGGCUCUGCUCCCAGAACUCUCUGUCUUGGCACAACAGAAUUACACCGAGUGGCUACAGGAUCUCAAAGAGAAAGGCCCCACGCUGCUGAAGCACCCGCCAGCUCCCACGGAGCCCUCCUUGGACCUGGCCUCCAAGUUGAGGGAGGCCGAGGAGACGCAGAGCACACUGCAGGCCGAGUGUGACCAGUACCGCAGCAUCCUGGCGGAGACGGAGGGCAUGCUCAGAGACCUGCAGAAGAGCGUGGAGGAGGAGGAGCAGGUGUGGAGGGCCAAGGUGGGCGCCGCAGAGGAGGAGCUCCAGAAGUCACGGGUCACAGUGAAACAUCUCGAAGAGAUUGUAGAGAAGCUAAAGGGAGAACUUGAAAGUUCGGACCAGGUGAGGGAGCACACGUCACAUUUGGAGGCAGAGCUGGAAAAGCACAUGGCAGCCGCCAGCGCCGAGUGCCAGAACUACGCCAAGGAGGUGGCAGGGCUGAGGCAGCUUCUCCUAGAAUCUCAAUCUCAGCUCGAUGCCGCCAAGAGCGAAGCCCAGAAACAGAGCGAUGAGCUUGCCCUGGUCAGGCAGCAGUUGAGUGAAAUGAAGAGCCACGUAGAGGAUGGUGACAUAGCUGGGGCCCCAGCUUCCUCCCCAGAGGCCCCCCAAGCCGAGCAGGACCCCGUUCAGCUGAAGACGCAGCUGGAGCGGACAGAAGCCAUCCUGGAGGAUGAGCAGACGCAGCGGCAGAAGCUCACGGCCGAGUUUGAGGAGGCUCAGACCUCGGCAUGUCGGUUACAAGAAGAAUUGGAGAAACUCCGCACAGCCGGCCCCCUAGAGUCUUCAGAAACAGAGGAGGCCUUACAGCUGAAGGAAAGACUAGAAAAAGAGAAGAAGUUAACAAGUGACCUGGGGUGUGCUGCCACAAAACUGCAGGAGCUUCUGAAGACAACCCAGGAGCAGCUGGCAAGGGAGAAGGACACGGUGAAGAAGCUGCAGGAACAGCUGGAAAAGACAGAGGACGGCUGCAGCUCGAAGGAGGGCACCUCUGUCUGAGUCUCCUCUGUGGAAAAAGAAGUUACUGUUCAACUUACCAAAAUGCCUUACACAUUCCUUACAAAUCAACCAACCAACCUACACAGCGUUACCCAGGCCCAACUUCCGGUAGCUCCGAGAGAAGCCAUGAGAGACAAGAGUCUCUUAGAGCCACAGAAGUAGACCUUCCAGAGCCCCAGUUUGUAAAUGAACCUGUGUCACAUUUGAUAAACACUAUCCUGGGCGCAGCCCCGGGCCACCGCCGAGUGACGCCAAAGCCCUGGUUGACUCUGACAGCCCCGUGGGGGUGUGGGAGGCCGGGCGCUCUGGGGUCUGUCUGCCAGUGCAAUCGUUUCGUGUUUUUUCAGUGGGGCGGGGCGGGAAGCGGGUGGGACCGGGCAGCCAGUUCUCAAAGGCUGUGGGGCCAACUGGAGGCCACAGCCCCUCACCCCUAGACAUUGCCAACCAGAACUGACGUGCGACCUCCUGGGUGUUGAUGCCAUUAAAACCAAUGUUGGUGCCCGGUG